AUGUGACUUGUGUCUAUCCAAUUUAUUAAUCUUUCUAAGAAUGACUAUAUAAUAUGUAGUAUGUCUUUGCAAGAGAAUAUAGUUGUUACAACUAUCGUACGAAUUUUAGGAUCUUACAAUUCUACGAUCCAAAGAAAUAUGGUGGAUUUGAAUCCUUGUUUAAGUCUUGUGUUGUGUCAUUACUUAUGAAGUUCUAUGUUUGUAAUAUCAUUACUUGCAAAGUAAAGAGUCAACCUUUCAGAGACCAGGUAAUAAUCUAGCAUUUCAUCCAUAAUUUUGUGAUAAUCAACUUCUUUGCUCUUUCUAAUUUUAUUACACUACCACUUUCAGAUUAUAUAUGUAAGAAAGAGGCCUAAGCAAAGAUAAAAUGUACAUGCAGUUCAAAAAUUAUGUACCUGCCCAUUUUUGUUGGAAGGUAUCCAUGUGCUGGGCAGGCUCAACGCCGAGGCUGAUUAUCAAGGACGCGGAGAUGAUGAAACAAGUGUUAAGUAAUAAGGAAGGUCAUUUUGAAAAGCCAUACAUAGACCCCCAACUCUUAGUCCUAACUAGGGGUCUUACCACUUUGGAAGGAGAAAAGUGGACAAAACACAGAAGGAUCAUCAACCCUGCUUUCCAUAUAGAGAGGCUAAAGAACAUGGUACCUGAUAUGGCCGCUGCUUGUGGUGAGUUCAUCGAGAAAUGGAAGAAUUUGGCUGGUGCUGAGGGAAGUUGUGAAGUUGACAUCUGGCCUGAGUUUCAGAAUCUGACAGCAGAUGUAAUUUCGAGAACAGCGUUUGGGAGCAACUAUGCAGAAGGGAGACACAUUUUUGAGCUUCAUAAGGAGCUUUUGAAUCUUGUGAUAGAAGCAAUGCAGACAUUGUACAUUCCUGGUCUCAGAUAUAUUCCUACUAAAAAGAAUCGGAGGAGAAAAGAAUUGAGCAAGAUGAUCACAUCAAUGCUCACAGAUGUGAUCAGGAAAAAGGAGAGUGCUGUCAAAGCAGGAGAAUCAAAGGCGGAUGACUUGCUAGGCUUGCUUCUGCAGUCUAAUCAACACAGCAAUGAAGCAGAAAAUGCUACAACUCUGAAAUAUGGCGGGUUAACCGUAGAGGAAGUGAUUGAAGAGUGCAAGCAAUUCUACUUAGCUGGCCAAGAAACAACCGCAAGCUUACUUAAUUGGGCUACGAUAAUAUUAGCUAUGCAUCCAGAUUGGCAAGAGAAAGCGAGAAAAGAAGUCAUAGGAGUUUGUGGGAAAAACUCUAUAGAUUUCGAAGCAACUACUUACCUCAGGACAGUUAAUAUGAUACUUCUGGAGGUUCUAAGGCUAUACUCCCCUGUGAUUGCUCAAUACCAACAUACUUACAAAGAAACCAAACUUGGAGACUUCUUCAUCCCAGCAGGAGUUGAUGUCACACUUCCUACACUACUUAUCCAUCAUGACCUUGAUAUCUGGGGAGACGAUGUGGAUGAGUUCAACCCAGAGAGAUUUUCUGAGGGAGUUUCAAAAGCAUCCAAAGAUCAACUCGCGUUCUUCCCCUUUGGAUUUGGUGCAAAGACUUGUGUUGGUCAAAAUUUUGCUCUAGUUGAAGCGAAGGUGGCUUUAUCUAUGAUUCUACAGAACUUCUCCUUUCAGCUCUCCCCAUCCUACAGUCAUGCUCCCCACACUGUUAUGAUGCUUCAACCACAGCAUGGAGCUCAUAUUAUAAUGUAUCCCCUUACCAUGCUCAAUAGUUCAAAAACUUUAAACAUUAAACAAGCUGCAACUUUGUUAUAAAUCUCCUACCAUGUGUAUUGUAUACUAGUGCUUUGAUGUUGUCAUAAUCUUACUUUUAUACCUACGGAACUAGAGUGUACCCAUCCUAUACGGAAUAAUACAAGUCUUUUUUU